CAGUUGUUGUCAUUUUGAUGGUCACUUAGCUAGCUAAGUUAAGUGUACAAACUGCUUCGUAGUUGUAGCUUACAUGUUUUGAUUGCAAACUACUCGUGGCAGAUGCAGUGACAACAUAGAUGCACCAACAAGACUAGAAUAAAGGCCUGAGUAAAGGGAAAGGCCAUUCAAGCCAUUACAGCGAGUCACUGCUCCCAUCUCGAAGAGCUGAAAUGAUGGCUUACUCACAGAUCCGCCUGAGAAUUCUCCCCAGCGUUCGUUGUCUCUUCGACAAAAUGGUGCAGGUAAAAGUAGAGGGUCUCGCUCCUCACAAACAAGUUGAAUUGAGAUCCAAACUAGUUGAUGACCGAGGGGUGAUUUUCAAGGCCUCUGCCCUGUACAAAGCAGACGAAACUGGCCAGGUGGAUGUCUGCCGUGCGCCCUCUCUUGGAGGAAGUUACACCGGAGUGGAGCCCAUGGGUUUGUUUUGGGCCAUGGCACCAGAAACUCUGCACAGUAAAUUCUUGAAGAAGAAUGUGCUCAGCCCAAUAGGGGUGGAGAUAGAAGCACUGAGUGGAGAGACGGGUGAGGUUUUAGCCUCUGAAACCAACGAGAGAGGAUACAUGACAGAGGGGAUGAAGAGAGUACCUGUGCAAGAGGGAAGGAUACGAGGAGUCCUCUUCGUACCACCAGGAAAGGGUCCAUUCCCAGGAAUAGUGGAUAUGUACACAUUUGGGGGACGUCUUUCUGAGCCCAGAGCCAGCCUCCUGGCAAAUAAAGGUUUUGUUGUCUUGGCACUGGCCUAUAUGGGCUACGAGGAUUUACCAAAUUACCCUAAAAAGUUGGAUCUGGAGUACUUUGAAGAGGCUGUAACAUAUCUGAGGAAUCAGCCAGAGGUCAAAGGUCCUGGGAUUGGCAUCAUAUCCAUUUCCCACAGUGGCGGUUUGGCGUUAUCCAUGUCUUCAUUCCUCUCUGGGAUCUCAGCGACCGUCUGCAUUAAUAGCUGCAGUGCAAACACAGUGAUUCCUUUACACUACAGAGACACCGUUCUAGCUCCGCUGCGGCCUGCCCUUAAGAAUAUCAAAACCACAGACGCCGGGCUUGUAGAUAUACGCGAUGCCUUGUCUGACCCUUCCUUGGAAAAGAACAGGGCGUCAUUGAUUCCAAUUGAACGUGCCAGCUGCCAGUUCCUGUUUGCUGUUUCUGAAGACGAUCACAACUGGAACAGUGGGUUUUUUGCCCAACAUGCCACUGCAACGCUGAGAAAUCAUGGCAAAGAGAAUUUUCAGGUGGUGACAUACCCUAAAGCUGGACACUUUUUGGAAGUCCCUAACAUGCCCCAUUGUCCGUCUGGGUUUCACCCAGCAGUUGGGACUGAGGUGGUGUUUGGUGGGGAGCCAAGGGCUCACGCCGAGGCGCAGCUGGACCUGUGGGAAAGAGUCCAGGAGUUCUUCAAGAGCCACUUGGACAACAAGGGUACUUAGCAAGCUGUGCUGCGUCGAGUGUGUCAAGCACCCAAGAAUGGCCGGCAUUAGCAAUGCUUAACCUUGCCUUUAGAUUGUUAUAGAGGAGGUCUUCAAAGGGGUAUUAAAUAAUACUGUUUAAGUGUUCUUAUGUUGAAGCUUUGGACUCUUCUGAAACAAACUCAGCAUACUUUGGUUCCAACAGGCUGUUUUACCCCCCAAUAAGCUUCAAUGCGUCACACGACACGAAAGUAUGUUUUCAGAUAUAAUUUCUUUUCCCAGCAGAUAUGUUUACUUGUCAUAGCGGGGAACUUUGAUGCCUUUGUUGUUGCAGUGAGCGAGCAUGCACAGUAACAGCACUCUGAUGCAUCUAAAUGGUAUGUAGCCAUCACUACAGAUUGUAAUUACAGCUGUGCUACAAAGACCCGACAAAAUGUACACAAUCUAUAGAUACACAUUACACGUAUUGCCUCUGUCAAAUGCAGCAUUAUCUUCCUAAAUGAUAAAGGUUUGAUUAUUUGUGUUUUGCUGGAAAAAAAGCUGAGUAAUAAUUUAAUGUGAUAAUAAAUUCACUUUGAUUGCGA